AUGAUUAAAAAUGAACAUGGAAAACAAAAUGGCAAAAGCGCAGUUGGGUACCUUGUCCUCGUGUUAGCCUACAUCUUUAUAUCGGCGCUGUUGUCAUUAUACUGCAUGGUCAGGAGGGCAAAGGGGGAGCUCCAAAAGUGUCGACCGAUAAAUUGGCAUUUGUGCCGACUUAAAACAUUUAUUAAAAAAACGAUAAAGAGAAUCUUGGCCUCAUCCACAUGGUCCGAUCUGAAGAGGCACUGCGCCGAUGAAGAAAUUUUCGAAAAAUUUUUCAAUAUUUUUAAGCAACGAAAAUGGACCCCAUCUGAUCCAAAAGAAGGAAAUAUGAAAACGCCAAAACAUAUUUAUAUUAUUUUGAAAACAAAGGAUGUUAUUAUACUACGGGGAGAGAAUAAACUUUCGCCUUACCUCGUAAACAUUGCUGUAUGGGUGUAUGAGCACAAGGUGGCACAUAUGAGUAUCUAUGUGGCUGAGUGUCUUUUGGACUCUGUCUUCUUCGAUGACUUGGCGCGUGGGUUGCAGAGACGCGGAUUCUUGAUGAUUCCGUCCGCAGGGGGUGUUGCCGAUGUUGGAAGUGUUGCCGAUGAUGGCGAUGAUAUGUCUAAGCCGCGCAACGCCACUAACCUUUUCAUCGGGCAUACACACGAAUUCACUGUCACGAAGUGCAGCCCCCCGGAAACGUCCCACACGCUCCACCUAAAGUUCGUGAACAAAUCGAACGCGCACAACAGACUCAUCGACAUAGCGGAGGGGAGCAACAUCACUUCACAAGGGGAAGUAGUAACAGACGCACUCCGCCACCCUAUGUGCAAUAAAACUGUGGACGGAUCAAUAAGAAAAAUUAUCGACUUUGAUAAAAAAAUGUUAUUCGAAGAAAAGAGAAAAACAUUCCAGAGGGUAUGCUACGUUCUCUUUUUUCUCUUCACCGAAGUGAAACAAAUAAGUAUAACACAGUUAAAGCGACUCCUUCCUUCCAUGUGCAAGAAGGUGGAAUGGGGCGUGGCGCAUAUUAUAAAACGCAGCACCUGUUUCGUUACACAACUAGGGGUAUUAUACUCUCCGGUGGAUACAAGCGAAAGCAACCUUUGGGAGAAGACUCAGACACAGAAGACGAGAACAAAAAUUUCAAGUGUUAAUUGUACCAUGGAAGAAGUAGAGAAGAGGGACGACUUCCCUUGUAAAGAUAAGGAACCUGAAGGAGAUACAAAAACAACACUUGCACUUAUGAAUGAAUUUCUCAAAAACUCUAUCGUAAAAGAUGAGCAAUCAAUAGACACCAUAAAGCAGUUAAUAGAGAACAACAUACCUCUGUAUGUCCAACCCAUAUGCAAUGAUAUUUUCGAAGCUUCUUUUAACGAUACACAAGUGGAUGUCGUUCUGUCCUUAAGAAUAGGCCUCAUUGAUUAUUUGGCUUAUACACUUCAACGUUAUCAGAAUGGGAAUUCCCUACACAAAGAAAAUUUCUUCUCCUUUUUCAAGGAUUAUUUCAGUUCCUUUUUUUUUUUGUAUAAUGUUAUUCACCCUUUUAACAAGGACGGGAUUCAGCCUUGGGUUUUGUCCAACGCGGAGGUGUAUGAAUUUUUUGAUUACAGCGUUGCGUCUGUGAGACAGGCACUGGCUUACUACGGCAAUUCUCUGCAAAGGCAUGGCUGCUGA